CCGCCCACCUCGCCUCCCUCCACCGCCUCUCCGGCCCCAAACCACAGCAACAGCCUAACGCGUCAGCCAGCUAAUCGAGCCGUCGUCGUCGACCGUCCAGUCUCCCCGGCCAGCCGUCAUCUCCCAUCAUCUCGCCCCAUCUCCGUCCGCCCGCCGGCCUCUUCGACCUCCAUCACCUCGACCGUCGUCGAUCGUCCAAUUAAUCAUCCCGGCAUAUCCUGUCAACCAAUCGAGGGGAUAAUAUAAAGCAGACAAAAGCAGAGGAGGAGGAGGGAAUGGGCGUGAUGGAUGGGAUGAAGCCCGUGGCGGCGAUGGUGGUGGUGCAGUUUGUGUUCGCCGGCGUCAACAUCUUCUACAAGCUGGCCGUGAGCGACGGCAUGGACAUGCGGGUCCUCGUCGCUUACCGCUUCCUCUUCGCCUCCGCCGUCCUCUCGCCCAUCGCAUACUUCGUCGAGAGGAAGAAAAGAACCAAGGUGACUUGGCGAGUCCUGCUGCUCUCCUUCGUCUGCGGACUCUGUGGGGGCUCGCUGGCGCAGAACCUCUACAUCUCCGGCAUGAAGCUCACGUCCGCGACCUUCGCCUCCGCCAUGACCAACCUCAUCCCGGCCAUCACCUUCGUGCUCGCCGUGCUCUUCCGCUACGAGCGCCUCGCCAUCCGCACCCUCGCCGGCCAGGCCAAGGUCACCGGCACCAUGCUUGGCGUCGGCGGCGCCAUGCUCCUCACCUUCUACAAGGGCGCCCAGGUCACCCCUUGGCCUCCCACCCACAUCAACCUCGCCGCCCGGCACCAACACGAGGAACAUGCCUCCUCCUCCCUUCACCCGGACAGCGGCAACCGUGCCAUGGGCUGCCUGCUCUGCACCGGCAGCUGCUUCUUUUAUGCGCUCUGGCUCAUCCUGCAGGCCAGGCUCAGCCGGGAGUACCCGUUCCACUACUCCACCACGGCCCUCAUGUGCGCCAUGAGCGCGCUCCAGUCCGCCGCAUUCGCGCUCUGCUUUGACCGGGACCUCAUCCAGUGGCGCCUCUCCUCCGGCGUCCGCCUACUCGCCGUCCUCUACACCGGCGUUGUCGCCUCAGGGGUCAUGCUCGUGGUGCUCUCCUGGUGCGUCAAGCGCCGGGGCCCCCUCUUCGCGUCCGUCUUCAAUCCCAUGAUGCUGGUGGUGGUGGCCGUGCUCAGCUCGCUGCUGCUCGGCGAGGAGCUGCACCUCGGCAGCGUGCUCGGCGCCGUUCUCAUCGUGACGGGCCUCUACUCCGUGCUCUGGGGAAAAGGCCGCGAGGCGGCGGAGAACGAGCCCGCCAAGGCCCACGCCUCCGGCACCGAGCUGCCGCACAUCGACAUCGUCGUGCAUCGCCAUGAUCCUCCUCCCACGCCACAGCAGCAGAGCACGGAGCCGGGGCCGGCGCGGUAAAAAUCGGAGCAGGCAUGCAGGAAGAGGACCAGCGAUCGAAGAGAUGAACUGGCCCAAGAUUUGUUACUGUUUUAUUUGUCAGGAAAGGAUGGACAGAGACUGUACCGGUGGAACUUGUCGCAAUUGGGAGAGUCAGUAGUUGAGCUCGUUUGUUGGGUGGAUAGGACUCGGUUAGAUCUAGCGUAGUUAGAAGGAGUGGCCUCUCUGAUUCUGUUGGUGCUCAAAUGUGAAGAUAGAGGAGGGAAGGAUGUAGUACAAGGAACUUCAGCAGGAUGAGAUGAAUGGAGACAAACCAAUAAAUUUCGGACACAAAAUCCUUUUACAUGAGAAAUCAACUCCAUUUUACAACUUGGUAGAAUGUACUACCCCGGU